AUGGAGCACCAGGUUCCCCUUCCCCCCACGCCCAGCCUCCUUCACAAACUCACUGAGAAACAGAACCCACAUCGGCAAUAUAUGAGAGAGGGAGAGAGAGAGAGAGAGAGAGAGAGAGAGAGAGGAGGAACUCACAUGAUUUGGUCGAGUUCGAAGGCGCUUCGGAGGGGAGCGUAG